AUGAAUAAUGAACAAGGCGAGUUAAUGGAAGGAGACAAUAAUGAAAAUAAUGGAAGAGGGGGGACGAUUAAUAUUAGACAAGGAGGUGGUGUGGUGCUACAAAAACAACAAAUAAUUAAUUGGGUUGGGAGAGUGCAGGAAUUGAUAAUGAAGAAACGAAUUGUCUGUAAGUGGAACGACGCCUAUACUAGUGAAAAUGAAAAAUCAAACGAUAUUAUGCACAAUUGCAAACUUCAGUUUGACAUUCUCGAUGUUUCGGCCACAAAAUUAGAACGUCGUUUAGAAGCUGAUUCAAAAGCUAGGAACAAGAAAAUGGCGAAACAAGAAGCUUUCCGUAAAAUUUAUGAAAUUUUGAUUGCUGAUUAUGGACCUUUUAAUCAAAUAAUUGUGGGUAAUGAAAACAAAAAAGAAAAGAAAGAAAAUAUUGUGACAGAAAUGACUGAAAAUGAAGAGAAUUUGGUUGUGAUUGAAGAAGGUGAAAUAAUAGAAGAAAAGGUUAUAUCAAAUAAUAAUGUUACAACAAUCACUUCUACAACAGACAAAUAUUCAUUAACACUUUCUCAAAAAGAUUUGAUAGAACUUUCACAUAUUGAAAGAAGCCAAGAUUGUACUGAAACAAUUGAUAUUAGAAUGCUUUUGAGUGAUAUAUUAAUUGAUAGAGAAGUGAAUACUCCACGCUCUGAACGUUUACUGAGAUGUAUUUUGGAAUGGAAAAAUCCUCAAGUUGAGCGUGUAUUUAGUCAAGCAACUUUGGAAUUUAUUGAGACUGCUAAAAGUCAAAUCCACGAUAUUUUCCAAGUUUAUCUACAAAUUUCGUCUACUCAAAACAACAAAAAGUCUGUGUUGUGUACUUUUGGUGGCGAAGGAAGUGAUUUGCAGAGAGCACGAGAUGAUGCAUGUUGGCAAGCAUUGGAAUAUCUUUAUAUUUUUGGCGGAUUUGCACCUAAAAAUGGCAACAAAAACGGGGAAGCAUAAAUUACUUAUUUUAAAAGUGUGAUUAUUUUAAUUUUGAACCAAAAAGAAUAUAUGUAUUUUAUUUACAAUUUGAUAAUUUUGACUUUUUUCUCUUUUCCCCUCCCCAACUCAAUUUUUGGUCUUCGUCUUAUCUUUAAAAUAUUACUUAUAUUUAUUUUUUUGUAAUUUGAAAAAGAAUUGACACUUAUUUAAAUUGUUGUAUUUUAAAAUAACGGGAUCCCACAAAAUCAGGAUCCCGGCAGCAUUCCGAUAUACACAUAAAUACAAUCGU